UGACUUAGUUAAACGUUUUUUUAAAAAUAUCACUCAUUUAAGUUCUCGUUUUAGGUGUAUUAUGGUCAGAGAAUUCUACGCAAAUGGAACUAGCCUAGAACAGAACUUUUCUGCUCUGGGGCUUGGUGGCUCUGCCGGUGCUGGACACAGAGCCGGGGACCACCCUCAGCAAAUCCAACAAUACCCCCACCCAGGAGCACAAUUCGGAGGUAACCAGCCUGCGAAAUAUGUCCCUCCUCACCAGCGAAGUGGGAGAGGGGGGCCGGGGCCAGAUGGUAUGCCACCCAUGGGGGUUCAACCAAUGUUCAUGCCACCAGGUGUAGCUGUGGGACCACUUCCCAGUGGAGACACCAGCCAGGGAUGGAACCAGCAGACGGCAGCACCAGCUUACCCUCACACUCCCCAGGCAGACUUCAAUCGAGGAGGUCAGGCAGCCAAUGAGCCCAGACAACAACACCAGAACGGGUUCAUGCGGGGACAACAAAUGCCUGGCAGCGGUGGACCGGCUCAAUUCCAGUCUGGAAACUGGGGCGCGCAGGACCCUAUGCAGGGUGGCGUGUAUGGAGCAUCCAACCGAGGGGGUGGAGGAAUGUAUGGGGCUCCUCCUCAAGGAGGGGGAGGGGGAUACAGAGGUGGCCCCCCGAGAGGGGGAUUUGAUAAUCGAAGAAUGAACAAUACACCCAUGCAGGCCCCUGGAGGAACGAGAUAUGACUCCAGAUUUGAAGGUGAACGGGACGGUCGUUACUCUGGACGAAGAGAUUACCACCAGCAGGCUGGAGAUCAAAGAGGAGGUGGGGGUGGGGGUGGGGGCUAUGGCAGAGCCCAGGGGCUCAUGGAAGGCGGCGGAAGUGGCGGUGGGGCUGGGGACGACUGGACGCAAUUGUUGCCCCCUAACCAAAGAACUGAAGCACAGCUGUUUGCAAGUAGCAACACUGGAAUCAAUUUCGACAAGUACGAGGACAUUCCGGUAGAAGUGACGGGAAACAACCCGACCAAGGGAAUUGAAAACUUUCUGGACGUUUCCUUCUGCCCUGUCAUCCGCAACAGCAUUGACCUGGCCAAGUACGACAAGCCAACCCCAGUGCAGAAGUACUCCAUACCAGCAGUGCUGGCCGGGCGGGAUUUGAUGGCCUGUGCCCAGACAGGGUCCGGAAAGACAGCCGCCUUCCUGAUCCCCAUGUUGAACAACAUUCUGUCCCACGGACCGGCCCAAAUCGAAAACACCGGAGGACGAGGAUACGAGAGACGGAUGCAGUACCCGCUGGGUCUGGUGCUGGCGCCUACCAGAGAACUCGCUCUUCAGACAUUCGAAGAGGCCAAAAAGUUCUCCUAUCGUUCGCGUGCUCGACCCUGCGUGGCGUACGGAGGAGCUGACAUCGGAUCCCAGUUGCGAGAUCUGGAAAGAGGAUGUCAUCUGCUGGUGGCGACUCCUGGGCGUCUCGUUGACAUGUUGGAGCGAGGCAAGGUUUCCCUGAGGCACUGUCGUUUUCUGGUCCUUGACGAGGCCGACAGAAUGCUGGACAUGGGAUUCGAACCCCAGAUCAGAAACAUCGUUGAGAAACAAGAUAUGCCAAGUGGUUAUGACGGAAGACAGACACUCAUGUUCAGUGCAACGUUCCCAAAAGAGAUCCAGAUGUUGGCGAGGGACUUCCUGCAGGACUACCUGUUUCUGGCUGUGGGUAGGGUGGGCAGUACCAGCGAAAACAUCACCCAGAAGGUGCUCUGGUGUGAGGAGGAGAAUAAACGCUCGCUGCUGCUCGAUUUACUGGAGGCAUCUGAUCCGAACACUUUGACUUUAAUCUUUGUGGAAACUAAGCGGGGAGCGGAUGCGUUGGAAGACUUCCUGUACCGCGAGAAGUUCCCGGUGGCCUCAAUCCACGGCGACAGGACUCAGAGGGAGCGUGAACAGGCUCUCAACUCAUUCAAGCAGGGGGAGACACCCAUUCUGGUGGCCACUGCAGUGGCCGCUAGAGGGCUCGACAUCUCCAAUGUGAAACACGUGAUCAACUUCGAUUUGCCCUCUGAUUUCGAUGAGUAUGUGCAUCGUAUUGGAAGAACGGGCAGAGUGGGAAACACAGGGCUUGCCACUUCGUUCUUUAACGACAAGAACGUGAACAUCGUGCGAGAUCUGGUUGACCUGUUGAAAGAGGCCAAACAAGACUGUCCUGAUUGGCUGCAAACCAUGGCUGUGGAGAAGCAGCGUGCCAAUUACUACAAGAGCCAGACGAGCCGAGGUCGGGGCGGGGGCGGAAACAGAUUCGGAGGUCGCGACUACCGACAACAGCAACAGUACGGUAAACCUGGAGGUCCUCCCGGAAGGGACAACUUCGGCGGAGGAGCGUCCGGGGGUGGAUUUCAGAGAUUCAACAGUGGUGGAGGAGGAGGAGGUUAUGGAGGUGCUAGUCGCGGAGGAGGGGCUUACGACAACGGCGGGUCGUUCCAGCCUCGGGUGCAAAAUCAAAACAUCGAUUGGUUCAACGACUAAUCUUUGCCCUAAUGUGAAAGAGCAAAACAUCUGCCCGCGAUUCAUUUCAAAGUGCAAAAAAAACAACUAAACCAAUCAGCAUUAAACGUGUAUUAUUCAAAACUGAUGUGAUUGUUGAUUUAACACCAAUAGCUUCUCGUGAAAUGAAAAAACGGGCGACGUUUUCUGCAUUUUGCCAUUAAAAAUACAGAAGACAGCUAGCAAAUAAAAUACAAUCUCGCUACUACAAGUUGCCGCCGAAACAACUCUCCAUUGAAGUCUACUAGCAUGCACUUGGAUCUCAAAUUGUCGUUUCCCUUCAACUCUCCUCCUACACAGCUGGAAUUCUGGAAGUGUACACGGCGGAAUUCUGACUAUCAUCCAUGGCAAACCUCCCUCCUUAUUUAGUCAUUUAACAGUAACAAUUGCUACUCUGGGAUUCAGAUUCGACAGAAAUUUUCACAAAAAAAAUCACGGAAAUUUUGAAACAGAUCAAGCCAGAGAACUUUUUCAUAUUUAACUACUGUCCAGAUUAGCACAUGUUUUGGUUCCAGCGGAAGGCGAACUGCGCAUCAGAUUUUGGAUUGGAUGCAGAUGUCAAUCAGUUAUCGCCGCGAACUAAAACUCAACUUAAAUUAUUCAAUACUGGGAAAAUGUCAAUAAUCUGCAUAUCAUUUUAAAAUGCUAUCUUCUUUCCAGCGGCGAAACUGGGGAAAACCGGUUCAUUCCAAUACAAUCACAGCAAACAAGAAUGAAGGACAAAACUCAAGUCAAAACUCAUUUUUGCAUCUUUUAAUCAAUGGAUGGAUAACUUUCAGCCGUGCUCAGUUUAACUCUUGGCUUUCUGAAGCUAGUAUGGUGCAAUUUCAAAAGGUGCAUUUUGUCCCAAUUUUCUCCUCUAAGCCGCGUAAAGCCCAGUUUAAAUUUUAGUUUUGACCCGGAGAUAUUUCAUACUUAACUGUACACGAAAUGAUAAAUAAAGUAUGAAAAUUUCUAGGCUCUCUGAUUCAGCAACUCGCUUCCAAAUGUUUGAUAUUUGCAAGGUGCUCAUACUUAAUUGUUUUUAUCAUUACCGCAAUCUGUUUGAAAUGAUAAUUGGGCACUUAAAGAGAACUCUCUGAUCGUCAAAAUAUUCUUGCUCUUCUCAAAGCAGAAGGCAGUGGCGAUUUCCUUAAUCUAAGUUUUAGAACAAUCUGGCAGUUGAAAGUGAAAGUGUAAUAAAUUAGUUUCUAUUAGCUAAUGUUGCCAAACAACUUAAACAUCGAAACUUGCCCAGGAAAAACUCAUUUUGCAUUUUUCCUUCUGUGUAAAUGAAACAAUUUGAAAAAUUACUUUGCCUGAGCUAGUUUCGUGUGUUUUGCUAAAUAACGUUGCUCACUUAGCGAAAACUGUGCAAAAGUGAAAAUUAAUCUCGGUAUUUUACUCAAUGUCCAAGAUUUAUUGCUUCCUCCCAUCAGAAAAUCAAACUUUUGUCCUAAAUAUUUAUAUUACUUAAUUUAUUUAACCUCUAAUUUUGGUUCGUUUUUACUAUGUUACUGUGAUAUGUUUAUUUUCGUCCCAAGACUUUCGUGUGACUUUUUGUUAAUUGUUAUAGUUGAACAAGAUUAUUUUACUGGUUGAGUGUUUGGAUUUGACAUUAAGCGAAGUUUAGGUGUUGGAUCCAAGAUCAACUACUUUCCCCUUCCUUCCCUUCCCUUCCCCAUCCCCUUCUUUGUUGCCGUGGAUUCAGUUGAGUUGAAGUGAUGAUUUGAGUAUUAUUUUACUUAAAUGUGACGUCGACGUCUCACAUUUAAAUACAAACCAACACAGUAAAUUUAUAUGGCAAUUUGUGUAGCGAUAGAUUGAUCAAUUCAAAUCUUUACUAUCUA